AUGCGCAAGUGCAAUAUCAUCGUUGUUUUUGCUCUCACCUUCUGCGUCGUCUUUGACGCACUAGUCGACGCUCAACUACCUGGUGAUUGGCCACCUCCGAACGAGAUUCCUUCUCCCGAGCCCGAAUGGCUAGAUCUUGUAGAUCUGAGUGAAGUGACUGAUGCUCCGGUAGCAACAUCCGAGUUGGCUAACUGCGACAAUGAUCAGUGGUGUACGUGGCAGUGUAAUGGAUGUGUUGGGCCAAAUGAUAUCGUAAACUGUCCUGAGACUAAAGAUUGGGGGCUUACAUUUGAUGAUGGUCCUUCAGAGAAUACUCCGAAACUCUUGGAUGAACUCGACUUGUUAGAUACAAAGGUGACUUUUUUUGUCAUCGGUGCACAGGUGGUUCAGUUUCCUGAUAUACUGAAAAGAGCCGUAGAUUCUGGCCAUGAAAUUGGACUUCAUACGUGGUCACACCCACAUCUCACCCAACUCACCACAGAGCAAGUUAUCGCAGAGUUGAAAUGGACCGAACUAGCAAUUAAGGCUGCAGUUGGCGUGACGCCCAAGAUUAUGCGGCCACCAUUUGGGGAUUACGACGACAGGAUAAGAGACAUAGCGGCUCAAUUAGGAUAUAAAAUAGUGCUCUGGGAUUUAGAUACACAAGACUAUUUACAACAAGACAACGCCACUUUUGAUCCUACACAAUUGAGUGACUUGUUUAAAGGAUGGGUUAACCUGAAUACGACAAAUGGACACAUUUCUUUGAACCAUGAUCUUUUUCUUCCAGGAAUCAUAGCUACCCCGGAGAGUGUUGACAACAUUCAAGCAGGAGGGUUUACACUCAAGCCAGUGGCAGAGUGCAAUGGUUUCGCUCCAUACUUGGAAUCUAAUGCAACUGUUGCUAAUAACAACGCAACAGCAACCGAUAUCACUGGAAAUGGUGUAUCAACGACUGACGGUUCAGUUGCCACAGAUCUUACCCAGUCAGAUAUCUCGGCAGCAACAUCGAUAUAUUUAGUCUGCGCGCGACUAUUGUUAUUAAUGGUGUUGGCAGUUUGCUCGGCAAUGUUUGUGCUUUGA